GGAACGGUGGCCCGGGGCGGGGGUAGCUUUUCCCACGCGCUUGCCCGGCCGUGCCACGCCCUGCGGCUCCGCCGCUGGCUCUUUGCCGAAGCCUUCCGGGCCUUCGCACCCCGGGACCCGGGCACCCAGCUCGUGCGGAGCAGAACCGUGUCAUGUGCCACAGAAGAAGUCAACACUAGUUCCCUGAGCCUGUAACAUCAUGUCUUCCUGCACCUCUUCUGUACACGCAGUCUUCUGUGUGUUGUGUUACUGCAGCAGCUGCUGCUGGGCAGGGUUUUACCCUUAGAAGCAGUUUUCCUUCAACCCUUAGGAGAAUACAUUGUGAUGUUGGCAUCUCUGAGGUAAAAACCAUGAGUGAGUUUCGGAUUCAUCACGAUGUCUAUGAGCUGCUCAGCUUGCUGCGUGUCCAUGGCGGGGAUGGGGCUGAGGUCUACAUUGACCUGUUGCAGAAGAACAGGACCCCAUAUGUCACAACCACUGUCUCAGCCCACAGUGCCAAGGUUAAAAUUGCAGAGUUUUCUCGUACUCCAGAAGACUUUCUAAAGAAAUAUGAUGAACUCAAAUCUAAAAAUACAAGGAACCUUGACCCACUGGUGUACCUAUUGUCAAAACUUACGGAGGACAAAGAGACUCUGCAGUACUUACAGCAGAAUGCAAAGGAGAGAGCUGAGCUCACAGCUGCUGCAUUGGGCAGCACUGCUGGCUUCAGCAUCCCCGCAGCAGCUUCCAAGAUCUCCAUGCAGGAGCUCGAAGAGCUGAGGAAGCAGCUCGGCAGCGUGGCCACAGGGUCCACAUUGCAGCAGUCUCUGGAACUUACAAGAAAGAUGCUUCGAGACAAACAGAAUAAGAAAAACUCUGGCCAGCACCUCCCUGUUUUCCCAGCAUGGGUGUAUGAGAGACCCACACUUCUCGGGGACUUCCUGACUGGCUCAGGUGUAAGCACAGACGUGGCUUUGCCUAUAGGCACACUGCCACUGGCCUCACAGGAGGCGGCCAUGGUGGAGGACCUGCUCUACGUGCUGGUAGGCGUGGAUGGCAGGUACAUCACUGCGCAACCCUUGACCGGGAGGCAGAGCCGAACCUUCCUUGUGGACCCCAACCUGGACUUGUCCAUCAGGGAGCUGGUGAGCAGGAUCCUCCCGGUGGCAGCCAGCUACUCCACUGUGACCAGGUUCAUUGAAGAGAAGUCAUCCUUUGAGUACGGGCAGGUGAACCACGCCUUGGCAGCUGCCAUGCGCACCCUGGUGAAGGAGUACCUGAUUCUGGUCACCCAGCUGGAGCAGCUGCACAGGCAGGGCCUCCUGUCGCUGCAGAAGCUCUGGUUCUACAUCCAGCCAGCCAUGCGCACCGUGGACAUCCUAGCCUCCCUCGCUGCUGCGGUGGAUAAAAGUGAAUGCCUGGGGGGCUCGACCCUGAGCCUGCUGCACGACAGGAGCAUGAGCUGUACGGGAGACAGCCAGGCGCAGGAGCUGUGCCUGCACCUGACCAAGGCAGCCAGUGCACCCUACUUUGAGGUCCUGGAGAAGUGGAUCUACAGGGGUGUCAUCCACGACCCAUACAGCGAGUUUAUGGUUGAGGAACAUGAACUGAGGAAGGAGAAGAUCCAGGAGGAUUACAACGACAAGUACUGGGACCAGCGGUACACCGUGGUGCAGCCGCAGAUCCCAUCCUUCCUGCAGAAGGUUGCCGGCAAGAUCCUCAGCACAGGAAAAUAUCUCAAUGUGGUCAGAGAAUGUGGUCACCACGUCACCUGCCCAGUGGCAAAAGAGAUCAUCUACACGCUGAAGGAACGGGCGUACGUGGAGCAGAUCGAGAAGGCCUUUGAUCACGCCAGCAAGGUGCUGCUGGACUUCCUGAUGGAGGAAGAGGAGCUGCUAGCCCACCUGAGGUCCAUCAAGCGCUACUUCCUGAUGGACCAGGGCGACUUCUUCGUGCACUUCAUGGACCUGACCGAGGAGGAGCUCCGGAAGCCAGUGGAAGACAUCGCACCCCCGCGCCUAGAGGCCCUGCUGGAGCUGGCGCUGCGCAUGAGCACUGCCAACACAGACCCCUUCAAGGAUGACCUCAAGAUUGACCUGAUGCCUCAUGACCUCAUCACUCAGCUUCUGCGCGUUCUGGCUAUCGAGACCAAGCAGGAGAAGGCAAUGACCCACGCUGACCCCACUGAGCUCUCUCUGAGUGGCCUGGAGGCCUUCUCCUUUGACUACGUCGUCAAGUGGCCCCUCUCGCUCAUCAUCAGCAGGAAGGCCCUCACCCGCUACCAGAUGCUAUUCAGGCACAUGUUCUACUGCAAGCAUGUGGAACGACAGCUCUGCAACGUCUGGAUCAGCAACAAAGCUGCCAAGCAGCACUCGCUGCACUCUGCAAAAUGGUUUGCUGGGGCUUUCACGUUGCGGCAGAGAAUGCUCAACUUUGUCCAGAAUAUUCAGUACUACAUGAUGUUUGAGGUGAUGGAACCGACCUGGCACAUCCUUGAGAAAAACUUGAAAUCUGCCUCCAACAUUGACGACGUCCUUGGCCACCACACAAGCUUCCUAGACAACUGCCUGAAGGAUUGCAUGCUGACCAACCCUGAGCUGCUGAAGGUCUUCUCCAAGCUCAUGUCUGUGUGUGUCAUGUUCACCAACUGCAUGCAGAAAUUUACACAGAGCAUGAAAUUAGAUAGCGAGCUGGGCCGGCCAGCGGUGGAGCAGGUCAUGAUGCUGGGGCUGCCCACAGAGGCAGAGCGGCCAGAGGAACGGUCCCGGAAGGAGCUUACCAGGAAGCACCUAGCCGAGCACGUAGAUGCACCCCAGCUGGCGUCCAGCUUUGAGGCCACCAUCAACAAGUUUGACAAGAACUUCUCCGCGCACCUGCUGGACCUCCUGGCCCGGUUGAGCAUCUACAGUGCCAGUGACUGUGAGCACAGUAUGGCCAGCGUCAUCUCCAGGCUCGACUUCAACGGCUUCUACACAGAGCGCCUGCAGCGCCUGUCUGCAGAGAGGAGCCAGAGGGCUGCCCCCCAGGUGCCUGUCCCGCGGGGGCCUCCAGCUGCAAUGCCCAGGGUUGCGGUCACUGCACAGUGAGCCCUUGGCCACAGCUCAAAGGGAAGUUGUGGGGGGCUGAGCAGGUGUUGUGGCAUGAACAAGGUCAGGAUUUUCUAGUCAGAUACUCCCUAACAAGUGUGUUCUGUGUGUUUUUUCUGUUCAAACAAUUACCAGACAUGGCUCAUUUCAUUGUAUAGGAGCUGCCCAGACAGGGUGGAUGGCUCCCCAGACUUGCUGAUGUGUUUGCUUUUUCAAACUGAAAUGUCACUUUUUUGGGUGUUCUUGCCUUAAAUAAAGACAAAGCAAAAGCAUGUGUUAUUUGAGGAAGAAGCGUGGUAACUGCAAAGGCACCGUGAGGUGAGACUGGGCCUAGUGUCCACAUCUCACCCUAGUGAGCUCGGGCUGGCCACCAUGGGUCAGCUGGAUCAGCAGUUUGGAAACUGGCUGGGACCCUAAAGCCCCAAGGCUUGCUCUCCAAUGGGAGGCAGCAGCUGUUCCAGCUGUGACUCGGCUUGAAGAGACCCAGCCCCUCCUGCAGCUUGGUCAAGGCAGGCCAUAGACAAUCCCUGGCACUGGGCCAGCUCCACAUGACCUCCAUAGGAUGUACCCUGAAGACUGGCCAGAACCUCAACCCUGCCCCAGCCAGCAGCAGGACACUGACUCGUCACACAGAAGUUACUCAGCAGCUGCUGGUCAGCCCCAUCCUCUUCCUGCCUUCCCCAAGUAGACAGCACAGCCAGCCCUGGGUGGGCUAUCCUGGUGGUCUCCCGACUGUCAAAUCCAGUAUUAACACAUGCUCUGGGGCCCAUACAGACAAGUCCCCUUCAAUAAGGUUGUUUAACCAGGGAGCAUGGCAGAGCUGCAGGUCAGGUCCCUGACCAUCCAGCUUCCUCUCCCAGUCCGCAGCAUGAAGAGGCUUGGUGUAUAAGCAGCACAUUUAUCUGCAACCCAGAUCGCCGCCAUCCCCACAUCUGCCAGCUGGAGAAUGCAUUGGCCUGCAUGGGUCUGCCCUCUGCCUGACCUGCUUGACCUUUACCUCCAGGGGCACAUCCUCUCCACUAGGGUACACAACCACCCCUUCCCUUCCUGCAGGAGGGCAGCCUUGGUGAGGAGCCAGGACCCACUGGGCAUGUGGCUACCAAGGGCAGAUUCUAGGAGUCCUGGGAUCUAGAGAGAGUGGACCAGCCAGGCCACUGAGGGGCGUGCAGGCUCCUGCACCGAUACCCUACAGACAGCCCCAAGAUGCAGGGCAGGGAGGCAGGAUGGGGAGUGUCAACUGGUGUCUAUAUCCAGCUGCUGGGGUGGCUUCCACACCCACCAGUCACCUUGGCUGGGACCUGGGCUCCCACAGCUGCCCUGUGCCCAUGAAGCCAUUUGUUGUCCCUGCUUGGAGUUUUCUGUUCCCAGGGAAGACAGAGGCCCCACCUCCUGACCCUGUCAGCCUUUCACAGUCACCUGCCUCCCCCCCAACCCCCGGGGUUGGCCUGUUUACCUCCUCAGCACCCCCAUUAACUUGGUUGCCAUUUCCGAAGGUUUUUCCAUGUGCUGGACACAGAGGAUGCUGUCCCAGAAGUCUGUAAGGGACAAAGGAGAUUCAGGAGGAGCCAGGAGGCUGGGGAGAGGGAAGCUCCCGCAGGGCAGUUGGCUCAGGCCUGACACACAGGAG